AUGAAGGCCAGCAGCGGGACCACCUGUUGCGGAUCAGUAGUGGACUUGAGUAAAUUACACCCGCUGGAUGAUGAGAGGUCUCAGCCCACACUCUCAUCACAGGAGUGGAGCCCAAUCAGUACAGAGCAGUGGAGGAGAAGUGGGUAUAUAGAUCCAUUGAGUGGGACUUUGCUGAGCAGUGAUCUGAAACUGGGGAAACCUGAAAAAGCAAAUAUGGCUUCUAGAGUUGUGCUUCUCGGCAUCUUGUUUGGCGUGCUCAUCCCGGUGGAUAUGGUCCCCGUUAAGAAUUCCACUGGCGUACAUGAGGGCAAACUGAGACUGAAGAGGAAAUACUCUGGAGAGCUCUUUGAAGAAGAUGAACUCAUCGAACGAGAAGAAAUGACUGCAAUGGAUCAGAUCCUAGAAGUCAACAGCAGGCUGCGAGCGCCCAGAGGAAUGUCAUUCAGAGAAGGAGAUAUUGCGUAUUCAUACGUGCGCAGUGCCAUAAACUGCCCUGGGAAUGCCUGUCUGUGGCCUAAAUCAAUUGAUGGAUUUGUUUACGUUCCCUACCUCCUCUCUCCUGUAUACGAUGAUAUGGACAGAAUUACGAUAGAAACAGGAAUGCAAGAAAUUUCCUCUGGAACCUGCAUCAAAUUUAUUCCUCGCACUCAUGAGGCCAGCUUCCUCGACAUCCAGCCUAGAUACGGUUGCUGGUCGUUUCUGGGGCAGACUGGGGGAAGCCAGACCCUGUCACUGCAGACUCCUGGAUGCAUGUGGUCAGGGAUUGCUGCUCACGAAUUCAUGCACGCCCUCGGCUUUGUGCAUGAGCAAUCCCGCUCUGACCGAGACCACUAUGUCACCAUUGUGUGGAAGAACAUCUUGCCAGAACAAAUACACAACUUCAGGAAACAGGCGACGAACAAUCUGAACAGCCCAUACGACUACAGUUCUGUCAUGCAUUAUGGACGAUAUGCCUUCUCUGAAGAAGGUGGACCAACAAUCAUCCCCAAACCAGACCCUUACAUUCCUAUUGGCCAGCGAGAUGGACCAAGUGCACUUGACCUGCAUAAAAUAAAUCUUCUUUAUAGCUGUGGUGCUAAUGAGUAAUGAAUUUCAAUAUCUCAACAGUACUGUCCUGCUGUAUGUGUGAAGUACAUAUUCUCGAGUAAACGAUGCAGAACUCUAGAUAAAUUAUUUUUGCAGUAGAUGUGCUUUUAUUAUUAAGAGGUUUAAUUUUUUUUCAAUUGUGUUUUUUGUUUUUUAGUGCAAGGCCAUUGAAUUGCUAAAAGAUCAGCCAUAAAUAAACAUACUCAGUGCUGAAGCUUCUAGAUAAUUGUUUCAAGUGUCUUAGAAAUAAUCCUGUAUCAUCCUUUCUGUCAUUCCCACUAUUCUGUCCGCUUAAAUAAAGA